AUGUCGUUACUACUCAAUUCAUGCAGACGACUAUUAUAUCGACAAUACCACCCUGAAAUAGCAGUACGAAGUUUCAGUACUUCAAUUGCUCUGAAUCAAAGAACAGAUUCAACUGAGAUAUUAACAAAUAACAUAUCACCGAGACUUCUGAAAAUUAUACCAAAUAAUUCAGACAUUGUGGAAUUAGAAAAACAAGAUGAAUUGAUCAAGAGACGUCGUAAGCUUGCUAAGGAAGUCACUACUCUCAAAAAAUAUAAGCCAGUGUCGCCAGGUUUAAGAUGGUAUAGAAAACCAAUAUAUCCAUACUUAUUCAAGGGAAGGCCCGUGAAGUCUUUAACAAUCCACGCUAAACAAAGGGGUGGUAGGAAUAAUGAAGGUAAAAUCACAGUGAGACAUAGAGGUGGUGGCCACAAGAGAAGAUUAAGACUAAUCGAUUUUAAUCGUUGGGAUUCAGGGACACAUAAAAUUGAAAGAAUUGAAUACGAUCCAAAUAGAUCAGCUCAUAUAGCUUUAGUGAAGAAUGAGAAAACAGAAAAACUUUCUUAUAUUAUAGCAUGUGAUGGACUGCGUGUGGGCGAUACCGUACAGUCAUUCAGAAAAGGCAUCCCAUCGAAUCUCUUAAGCGAAAUGGGCGGUCAUGUAGAUCCUGCAAUUUUAAGUGUCAAGACAGCUCAGAGAGGCAAUUGCUUACCUAUAUCAAUGAUACCGAUAGGGGCUGUAAUCCAUAACGUCGGUGUGACUACCGUAGGGCCCGCAAGGUUAUGCAGGUCUGCUGGUACAUAUGCAAGAUUAAUUUCUAAACUCCCUGAAGCAAAAAGGGCUAUCGUUAGACUGAAAAGUGGCGAACAUAGAUACGUCUCUCUUGAAGCCUGCGCAACAAUUGGCGUUGUAUCAAAUAUCGAUCAUCAGAAUGCUUCAAUCGGUAAAGCUGGAAGAUCAAGACGACUAGGUAUAAGACCAAGUGUCCGUGGUGUCGCUAUGAAUAAGUGUGAUCAUCCACAUGGUGGUGGUCGUGGUAAAUCGAAAUCCAACAAGCUUUCAAUGUCUCCCUGGGGUACUCUUGCCAAGGGAUAUAAGACUAGAAGAGGUAAAAACCAAAAUAGAAUGAAGGUCAAAGAUAGACCAAGAGGUAAAAAUAAAUAG